AGUUGAGGAGUGCUAGGGGCACUCGCCUUCUGCACUCUCCGGCCGACACUGUCGCUUUUAUUGGGCCACGUUAUUUUGAUCGGUUUUAAGGCAAUUCUAUGAUUGGUGGGAGCCGGCUAGCUGGUAGCAAUGGAUUCUGUGGAUACUCGCGAUGGGGAGACACCUCUGAUUGUGGAUAAUUUGCAGAGUCCAACCCCAAAGAACCACACGAGAGAUAUUCAUAUCUUAAGCGCUGCGUUUUUGCUGAUCUUUCUUGCCUAUGGAGCCGCACAGAAUUUGGAGACUAGUGUCAAUGCUGCAGGAGAUUUGGGUACAAUAUCACGUGGGAUUUUGUAUGUCUCUUUCAUGUUUUUCUCUUUAGUGGCAUCUUUAGUGGUUGUGCUCUGGCAUUCAAAGAAUGCUCUGGUUCUGGGGACAAGUGGUUAUUGGUUGUUCAUACUAGCAAAUUUGAAGCCAUCAUGUCAUGGAAGAGAUUACAACUCUCAUGAAGGAACAGUAAUCGGCAAAUUCAAUGGAGUAUUUAGGGAAACCUUUGCCCUUCACCAGUUUGUUGGAAACCUUAUGCCACUUGCACUGCUGAAAGAUGGAGACGAUGGGAGUACCAGAGGAACAACUCUGCUCUUUGUCGUGUUUCUUUGUCAUAUGACACUGGGCACUAUCCUUAUGUGCUUCUUAGGCAAAACUGACAGCAAAGAAGAAAAGGGACCAGCUGAUUCUUCUUAUUACAGCAAGCUUUUGAAUGGGCUGAUUUUACCGUAUGUUGUGAACCCAGCCCUUGGAGAGUCAGGUGUUGGUGGUGCAAUGGCAGCGUAUGGGGCUUUUGAUGAGAUGUGUUCACUGGUGGCUGGUCGACUAACCUCUGGUCUCACAUCAAUUACUUUCACAGUUUGUGGCGGUCUUCUCGGUCAGGCUGUGAUAUUUAUCUGCCUUCUGCUAAACUCCAGUGGAGUACUUGACACUGUAUACCUGCUUCUCAUGGCAGCUCUUCUGGGUGUUGGUGAUGGAGUAUUGAAUACACAGCUGAGUGCUUUGCUGGCACUACUGUUUAAGCGUGAUACGGAAGGAGCAUUUGCCCAGUUCAAGGCUACCAUUGCAGUCAUAUUCUUCCUGAGCCCAUACAUCUCGAUGCAGGCAAUGGUGGCAAUCAUUCUUGCCGGACUCUGCUUAAACCUGGCCGAUGAUCGUGGCCGGAAGCCAGUAAUCGUUAAUCUCUUAUCAAACGCGUGUAUCAAAACCAGCCGGUCGAGUCGUAGAGUCGCUCUGCGGUUCAACCAAAAAAGCUCGCCUUCAUCUUCUCCACCAACUAAACCCCCUAAAAAGAUUGUAGCUGGCUCGAUAGUAGUUGAAAUUAGGUCCCCUUCUCUACCCUCUCCUCCUCCUCUUACAAAAACCCCUCCGCCAUCCUCCCUAACAAAUCCUAAUCUUAAUUUAAUUCUUCAAGAUAUGCCUUUCUCUUGCUUCGCUUCUCUGUUCCACAAGCUCUCCUCGCGGUGGCCGCUGCUGCCCUACGCCGCCACCUGGACGGUUCUCUUGACGGUAACAGUUGCGGUGGCCUCGUUCUCGCCGGAGGUUGCGUUUGUGUCGGCGAUAUCGCCGUCUUCGUCUUUCUCUCGACAGUGCCGGAAGGAGGGAUCUAUUAGGGUUCCGUUAGACUUGCCGGGAGAGAUCCUGUGCUUUCCGGUUCACCUGUUCGCGAGGUCAAAGUUUGACGUGAUUGUGCCUCCUGUAUUUGCGGCGGUAGUCGUGGCAGGAUCCGUAUGGGUGGUCCGGGCCUUCGUCUAGUGACAGCUCGAUUAGGCCCGUUUUGUCAGCCCAAUUACAGGAAACAAGCAACAAUCAAAUGGAAUGGAAACUUGAGAGAAAACAGCUGGAGAUUACUCCCUAGAGCAGGGGAACUUGCUUUUAGCAUAUAAAUGUGUAUAUGUAAAUCUAGAAGGCAGCUGAAUUCAAGACUUUGAAGCAGAGCUAAUCAAGUGGAUGGUGGCACUUGUGAGUAAUCUCGUUGCAGUUUAGAAACUACUUCCCUGUUACUCCUUUUAAGCUUAGGUGGAGUGCCACAUGGCGCCCAUGUGAUAUAAUUC